GGAACCGAGGCUGAUCUGCGCUCCUGUAUUUGAUUAAUUGGAUAUAUAAAUGUGAAGGGAAAGCUGGUAAAUUAAAGCUAAAUUAAAUAUGUUUUAAUAGUUACUCCCCAAUACAUCCCCUCCCAAUCAUCUUCUUUCGGCUACAUCCCCUCCAAACAAAGAAGGCAAAGCUCGAAAAACUGGCUAGGUCCCAAAGUCUUCCCCUUCGGAGAAAGCGAAACUGAAAGGAACUUGACGUCGAUCUGCACCACUGCCGUAAAUGUCUGACUAGAUUCGAUCUCAGAGAGGGAAGUUAAAGUUUUGCUACAGAAAUUGUGUGAACAGGUCCUGAGCAAAGAAGAGGAGAAAGGCAAGCAGGAGCUAGACCACCAAAGCCGCACAAGCUCAUGUCCACUGGCAGGACUACUGUGAAAACAUCCCAAAAGAGAUGAGUUUCAGAAUGAUGUUUGAAGCCCUUCUGUUCUUGGCUCUCUUGCACUUCUCUGCCUGUCAGCCACAAGGCAUGGGAGAGGAGCCUCUUCUUUCUCUGAAAUUUAGUGGAACAAAUGAAAUUACUGUGAAAUGUGAAUCGAAAAACUGGUAUCCGAAGCCAAUAUUGCAAUGGAAAACUGUUGAAGGCAAGAAUCUAACUGCACGUGCUGACAUAAAUAUCUUUGAAGACAGACCAUCUCUAUUUGGCGUGAAAAGUACACUCAAGGUGUCUAAGAGUGAUGAACGUGAAAUCACAUGUAUCAUCCACCAUGGACAAUACAACAACACACUUGAGGGACAAAUUGAAGUAGAUGAUGAAUUGUUCACUUAUGUGCCACAAUUUUGGCAGAUAUUGGCUUGCUUGGGAUUUGCUGCUGUUAUUGCUGUUAUUUCUGUUUCUGCUGUUUGUUCAUGGAAAGUAAAACGUAGGAUGAAAAAGAAAGAUGAAGAAACUGUAAAACGUGGGAUGAAGAAGAAAGAUGAAGAAACUGGAGGAUUAGAUGAAGAACAGAAGCCUCUAAAUAAAGACCAUGAAAUCAAUUCAAAUGAACAAAUAAAAGAAUUACAAAAGACGAACAAGGCGAUAGAUUUACCAAGGGAGAAGGAUGGACAAGAAUUACAGAAGACGAAUAAGGAAUUGGAGAAAUUACUUAAUGAAAAGGACAUUUUGAAUAAAGAUUUGCAAAAGGAGCAGAAGGAGAAUGAGAAAUUACGUAAUGAAAAGGACAUUUUGAAUAAAGAUUUACAAAAGGAGCAGAAGGAGAAUGAAAAGCUACGUGUUGAUAAUCAAAAACUAAAUGAAGAAAAUGAUGAACUCAGUAGUGAAUUUGAUAAGAUUGGAAUUGUGCCUGAUGCAGAAUGGAAGCGUAUUCAAGACCAAGGAGCUGAUAUGGUCCUGUCCCCUGACACAGGUCAUAGUGACAUUUCUGUGGAUACUAAUGCAGGACAAGUGAAAUUUAUAGGAGAUCUUAAGGGUCCAGACAAAUGGUGCUGUGUUACUGGCAAUGAAGCCCAGCAGGAUCACUACUGGGAGGUGGAGGUUGGGGAAAAGGGCAGCUGGGCAAUUGGACUGGCAUCUGACAGCAUCAAAAACAACAAGCUUAUUCCUGAGUGCCCUGGGGAAGGAUUCUGGAUCAUCCGCCUCUACAGAGGGAAAAAGUUAGAGGCCGUCUCAAGCACAGUUGAGGAACUUCAGCAAAAACCCAAAAAAGUGGGACUACAUUGGAAACGAAAGUGCUUACGUUUUUAUGAUGUGGAGAAAAAACAACUCAUCCACAAAUUUGAUAUUGAAUACACUGAGUGCUUGUAUCCUGUCUUCAGUCCAGGGUCACGUGACAAGGGACCAUUAAUCAUCAAAAUUAAACAAAAUUAAAGAAAUGGAAAAUCUCAGAAAGAAUUUUGAUUUCUCCCCUGCACAUCUGCUAAAUGUGCUGCAUUCUGCAGCAUUAAACAGCACCUAUGGAGAGGUGAAAACAGAUACAGACUCUUGUAUCCUGCCAAACUGAAAGUGGUUAUUGAAGAUCAGUUUUUCAGUCCUCCGGAUGAACUGGAUAAAGCCUGCAAUCUGGACAAUUUUUAAUGCAACAUUUCUGGCUUAUGGCUACAUUUUGGUUAAUUGGUUAUCAAAAAGUAAACAGCUAUUGACAGUUUUUUUUUUGUUUUUUUUUUGCAUAAGCUUCAGUUACUAUAUUGAAAUUUCUUCCAUUAAUUAUAUGUACACUUUGGCUACCACAGUUAUUGAUUUUAUUAAAAUGUAAUUAUUAUACUGAAAUUUCUUUAAUCAAUUAUAUGUACACUUUGGCUAUGACAAAGUAUUCUGCUUUUUACAAUUUUUUUUUUACAUCAUACCCUUGGUUUAUUAUAUUGGGACUGUUUAAGAUCAUAUCCUUGGUUUAUUGUAUUUGGACUGUAUUUUCACAAGAUAUUUCAGUUUAACCAAUUUACACUGCUACUGGGGGUAUGUUUUGCUUUGCAUGUCAGAGGACCGGGACUUUGCGAAGUCUUACUUGCUUCACUUGCAGACGCAAAGUGGGAGGGGGUUGGGUUUGGGGGGAGGGUUGAAAAAGAGGAAUGCUGUAACUGCCAACUUAACAAUGGACUUCAUGCCUAUAACAUCUGGCAAUAAUAUGAAAUCUAUUUAAAAGCUAUCAUAUUUAACAAUGUACUACCUUAAUAUAAGACCACAAAAUGUCAAGAAAAGUUCAGACACAAUGUUUCUAUGACCAAAUAGUGAACUUUGUGACCUGGAAUGUCAAGGGUCUCAAUCAUGAAUUAAAGAGAAAGAAACUACUUUCUCACUUAACAGGUCUAAAUGCCAAGAUAGUAAUUUUACAGGAGACUUAAUUAUUAAGCAAGGACCACUUUUGGUUGCAAGGAGAGUGGUCUGGCCAAAUUUUGUACUCUGACUAUACAAAGAAAACUAGGGGUAUGGGAAUCUUAAUACAAAUGAUUAAUAUCUAUGUACCUAAUGUGGAUGGUAGAGAUUUCUUUCAAAAUGUAUUUGCAUUUAUCCCUAUUGUGAACACUCACAAAAUUAUAAUGGCCGGAGUCUUUAAUAGUGUUUUAAAUCCAGACCUGGAUAGAUCCUCAGAUACAGUGGCGAUAACAUUCAAUACAGCAGAGAUAAUUACAUAGUUUGUAAGGGAUCAUAACUUAUCAGACCCACUGAGACUUUUAAAUCUUAUCCAAAGAGCAUACUCUUUCUUCUGAUCCGUAUAUAAUUGUUAGCCAAGGAUUGAUUAUUUCCUUAUAGACAAUAUUUUUUUCCACACUAUUAAAUCUUGUAAGUACAAUGCUAUUGUUAUCUCUGACCAUGCCCCUCUGAUCAUGGAGCUUAAAUUACUGUGUCCUACACAAAUACAUCUUGUAGCUGGCGUCUUAACACCCUGUCAUGCUGAUGAGCUGAUGAGAACUGUACAUAAUUUAUAUCCAAGCAAACUGAUUAUUUUCUUGAGAAAAAUGCAUCCUCAGAGGUCUCAGCCGGUAUACUCUUUGAAACUCUGAAGCCAUUUAUAAGAGGACAGAUUAUUUCAUACCACUAGCAGCGCACUGCACAAAUACACUUGAGUUGAGCAUUCCUAGUUUUCAUACUCUUUCUCUGUACAUUUAGCAUUCAUUUUCUCAGAGGUUGAUGCACUUGGUACUUUCUGAGCAACUCUUCUUUUUUCCACCCUAGCGGCCCGCUUCUUCUUUUCACGUUAAAACUGAUUAAGUCAGUGUUUGUGUUGCAAUUACUUAGUACAUUUUCUUUAAUUUUUCACUUAAGUGCCAGCUUGUUGGUCAAACAGUUUGCGAGCUACAGGUGAUUUAAAAUCCUGGACAGACAAAUGAACAGCCAUGGUAGCGUACUAUAUAAGAAGAUCUUUCUCACAAAAGUUGAUUGGAAACCAAGAAGUCAUCUGAGUUAAUCAAUGAAAUUACCAGAAUAGAUCUUGAAUAUGCCAGGUCACCAAAUGAGACAUUUUUUAGGAAAAGAGGUUUUCCAGUCAGAAUUUAACCUCUAAUAAUUAAAGAAAUGGAACAGCUUAUCUUUAAAUUGUGACUUCACUAUGAACAUGGAGAGAAAGCCAAUAAGAUAUUAGCCCAACAGAUCCACAAGCAGGAAGUCCACAAUGCAAUAACAGCAUUUACUAGCACAGACGGAAAUAAAAUUAUUGACCAUAAAGUUCUACCCAGAAGGACUGAGAAAGUGCUUCUUUCUGUAAUAUCACUAGACCAAACCACUUUUUUUAAAGACAGACCCGCAACUUCUAAUCUUCAACGUUUGUUUAAUAUAAUAUAUUCAACCAUUAAAUCUAAAACCCCAGAGAUCUUUAUCUUUAGAUGCAGAAAAAGCAUUUGAUAUGGUUGAAUGAGACUACCUAUUCACCACAUUGCACAAAUUUGGUUUCGGCCCAAACAUAUGUCCAUGGAUCAAACUAUUUUAUACUUGUCCAGAAGCCUCAGUUUGUACAGUAUUAACAACAUUAUUUCAGACUAUUUCAAACUAGAAUGUGGUACUUGACAAGGAUGCCCCUUAUCACCUUGGCUCUUUGCAAUCACCAUUGAACCAAUGGCUGUAUACUUUUUGAAUAAAAGUGUGCUUUUUCCAGUGAAUUCUCUAGCAUACAAUAUUAGACUUGACACCUUCCCAUUUAUCUUAGCAGAUCAGUUUAAUUAUCUAGGGGUAAGCAUAACAAGUAAAUAUAAAGCUCUUUUUCAACAAAAUUUUGCUGUCUCCAUGGAAAAAAAAAAUAAACAAGAUGUGAAUAGAUGGUCUAUCCCCCAUUUUAUAUUAGCAGGGAGAAUCAACAUUGUUAAGAUGACCAUCUUUAAAAAGCUUCUCUUCCUAUUUGAAAGCAUCCCUAUAUACAUUGAUAAAUCAUUUUUUAGGAAAUUAUACUCAAUCAUAACCUCAUUUAUUUGGAAUUCAAAACAUCCAUGCAUCCAAAGAGCGACUCUACAGCGACCUUAAGCAGAAGUGGGCAUGGUACUACCUAACUUUCAGUUUUGUUGCUGGGCGGCAAAUAUACAAGCUAUAAACACCUGGGCCCUCAUGUAUAACGCCAUGCAUAGAAUUCACACUAAAACAUGGCAUAUGGACAAAAGCAGAAAUGUGUAUACGCACAAAAAAAUCCAGAUGCAGAAAACUGUGUGUACACCAAGUUUCACGCACUUCCCCUUUAUAAAUCCCAAUGAACGUGAAAUUUAACGCAUGUGCACGCACCUACAGCCCCACCUCGACUCCUCACAGAAUUUUGCCUGUUUUAAUAUGGAAAUCAAUACAAAUAUCACGUUCCGUUCUGUGUUUUGUUAAAAGACAA